AUACCGAUCACUAACAAAUGAACGGAUUGGUUUGAACGAGUAUAUUCAGCACACGCGUUAUGACAGUUCGUCCUGGAUGACCCUAAAGUAUUAGCUCAUAAUAUUCUAUUUGCAUUAUUUGUACAGUCAUAAAAUGGAGUGAUCUUACCGACCUGGGGCUACAAUCCUGAAUAUGACCAAACCAAGAUAGCAGACAUGGAUAGCCACAGCUCUUCGAACUCGAGUACUCAAUCACAACCACAGUGGUUCGAUACCGUGCUACGGCGGAUAGGUGACGAAGUGGCACCUGAUGAAUACCAUACAUUUGGCCUGAAGCUUGGAGUACCUCGGGAAAUGAGUGAGAAUAUACGAAUGAGUGAGGAAGAGGUUUUUCCCGAUGUCACAAUCGCUCUUCUGCGUCAGUGGACGAGAAAACUGGGAUUCACUCCAGAGCAGCUGGCUGUUGAAUUGGUGAAGGCUCUCAGAGCCAUUCAGCUCGAAAGACUGGCAUCUACAAUACACGAAGAAAUCAAGCAUAACGAGGAAGAAUGGAAGGCAUGUAUUCUACCAAAUAAUGUCGCUGAUACCUUAUCUAAACGUCUGGAAUCACAGACUAUCGCGAAAGAAGACAGCCAAGAAAUAGACGUUCGUGGAUCGAAGAGUGUGGACAAUGGACUUUCAAAACAGAGGAGGAAACCAAAAGCGAACUAUCUUAUUCAACCCAAUUGGAAAUUUUACUAACAGAGUGUGAGGAAAAUUAUUUUGACUUCGAUCCAGCUGGUGCAUGCAAUAUCAUCUUCCUUGGAGACAGAUCUAGAGUCAACACAAUCAUGAACACAGUUAUAUACGGAUGUACACUCUUAAUCUGAUUAUUUGUACUUUGUCUUUCAAUAUUUAUGUUAUUUAUUUUAAUUUCAUAUCAAUUUACUUUUGUGAUGAUGAUGAUGAUUAUUCUGUCGAAAACGUUGAUGUAUAAUGGUUGUCAAAAUGUAUAUUUCUUCUGUUAAAGUAGUUUAGUACAAACAGCCUAAUAAUGCUUUAGUCAUAAAUUGAAAAACAAACGUGCUGUCCGUCUAACAAUUUGAACUGGCAGGGGCGGAUCCAAAAUUUUCCAAAAGGGGGGUGUUUAAGGUGUUAAGGUGUUAAUGUGGAGCCUAAGAUGUUCUAUAUUCUAAAGCAUUUCUAAACGCGGAAACUGGAUAUUAAUUUGUCUUAGCUUUUUUUCGGAAGGAAGAAGGGGCGGGGCGUGUACCCCCACCCCCCCCCCCCCCGGAAUUGUGUUGCGUCAUUUCACUGAAAGUUUUAAAUGUAACUUUAAAAUAAUGUACUGUUCAACUUAUUGCGAAGGAAGAAAAUAAUGAAAAUCGUUUGCAUGGAGCAGAUAAAAAAAUAUGAAGAAAGAUUAUAAAUGAAAUAAAUGUUUUAGAAGUGAAAAGGUUUGUUUCCUGAGAUUGUGAAAAUUUGAGAGGCAAUUACCACAUAUUCUUUUAUUAGUCAUCUCCGUGCUCCUCAACAUUUUAUAAGUGUUUCCUGAUAGCCAAAAUAAUAUUAAAUUGUAAAAUUGUAAGGCAAAAAUGUAAAACUUCACGUGUCAGUAUCGUAUAAUACAAAAUCGUGUAACCGACAUUAUAAUGUCACUCUGUCUCAUAGAUUAACCGAUUGACUCAUUGUUAGAGAAGCAAGUCAACAUUUAGACGAAAACUUGUACAAGGUUCUAGGUUUUAAUAUCGUUUGGCGACUUUUUAAAUCCAAAAGUAAAUAAUGAAUAACGUGUGCGUUAUGGAUAGGGACUAUACGGAAUCGGGUUAGUAUAGGGCCUAAUGGAUUCAAACUAUUUGAGCAGCAAUUUUUUAUCUAUAAUUACCCUUAUCUUGUAAGCCUACUCUAACUCUAUAUAUUUGUCUUUGGCCAAACUUUCUUAAAGAGGAGAAAGCAAUCAGAUGUUGUGCUUUUUUCAAUUGAUUCAUUCCAUACCCUGUAUAUUGUAACAUUUAUUUAUACAUCAACAUUAAAUGAAUCUUAAGUUAUAAA